AUGCUAAGUAGAUUAGUGCUAACCAAUGACAUCGUACGUAGAUGGUCUAAAUCUCGGGAUCCAAACCAAAUAGAUCCAAUUAUUUAUUCAUCAGAGCCAACAAUUACAUUAAAAAAAUGGACUGAUGCUUAUCAUUUUGCUAAAUCGUCGAAGUUGGUAUUACAAAUACCAUCGAGCCGAAAAGGUGCUAUUGAUUAUUAUAUACCAGCUGGUGAAGCGCAACACAUUACACAACAUGAUAUUCAAAAAUACAAGAAAAAAACCUGGAACUCCUUUGAUCAAUUCAAGAUUCUUCAAUUCGGUAUAUGGAAAGUGACUUUAUCUAAUGAUGGAACGGAAUGGAAAAGUGACACUUGUAAUUGUUCAAACUUCUUCAAAGAAUUUAUUUGCAAACAUGUCAUUGGAAUGGCUAUUAGAUUGAAGUCUUGUAAACCACCACCAUCGCCCAAAGACAUAGCUUUAGGACAAAAAAGAAAACGAGGACGACCUCGAAAAGCUACAACAACUUUACUAACAUAA